AUGUCUUUAGAACACUAUGUUGUGUUAGUUAGUAACAUUGACAAAAAUGUCACUGUCGACGACUUGAUUUCUUUCUUUUCAUUCACUGGUUGUAUAGAAGAGAUCCACAUUUCACAGACAAGUAGAGAGUCUAAUGUCAUCAACGCACUUAUCUUCUUUGAUUCACUGGAAAGUGUUCGCACAGCGGAACUUAUGACUGGAGUGUUACUCUAUCACGAACGAGUCGAUAUUAAACCGACUACUCUUUUACACCUCCCUGAUGAAAAGAUCUAUUCAUUCCUUGUAACUCCACAACAAAACAAUAAUCCACAGAAUGGACAAACAAAGACAUCUGUUGUAGCUUCUUUGAUUGCACAUGGGUAUGUCGUGGCACAAGAUACAUUCCAAAAGGCAGUCGAAUUUGAUAAAACACACAACAUUACAACAUCGAUAAAAAGUGGCGCUGGAAUGGUGAAAAACGUCGCAGUGAAUGUUGACGAGAAACUCCAUUUGACUGAGUACUUAGCGCUUGGCACUGUGAUGGUGUGGAGUUGUUUUACUGCCGCAGAUGAUAAGUUCAAAGUCACCACAAAAGUUUCUAAUACCCUUGAGAAUAUCGAUAAUACUCUUGGCGUUUCGGAUAAAUGGAACAGCGCGAAAAACAGUGUCGAGAAUGGGUUAGCCGCUGUUUCAAAUUCAACACCAGUCAAUGCCGUGAGAUCAGUGUGUUCAGACUUCUCAAUCGAUGUGACCAAUUCAAUCGAUAAAUUGAAGGAAACAACUGACGUGGGAAACAAAGAACAAAAAGAAGAACAAAUCAACCAACAACAAAGAAACAAAGAGGACAAAACAAGUCCAGAAUUUAAUGAUGAUAUAUCCCAUUACCUCAUAUAA